AAAGAAAGAAAGAAAAAAAAAAAAACGAAGUUGACUGGCCAAGAAUCCAUCCAAUGAUGGGAGACACGCCUUUCAUUCAUGUUUUCUCUUUCUUUCUUUUAUUUUUAUUUUUUUUGGCUAAAAGUUGUAGUUAAAGGUCGCUGUCUUUCCCCAUUUCAAUUUCUUAUCUCUUGCGAUUCUCAAUUUUGCCUAUUUUAAGCUCCUUUUUGCCUAAAUAUUUGGCCAUUUCUUCUCUACUUUUGAUCAAGCUUUCUUUCCUCCUGUAUUUCUUUAUCUCCUCAUUAGGAGAGAUGCCUGAUCCGGGUUUCUUACGUUGAGAUUCUUUGAGUGAAAUUUGGAAGAAGAAGUUAAUAUUGGGGAGUUCUGUUUUAUUUUUUUUCCCUUGUUUUGGACGUUCUGUUGUGAAGUUUGAUUCUUUGAGGCAUAAUAGGAGAUGUGUUUUUGAAAUUCUCAAUCUUUAAGAAGUUUAUGGAAUCGGGGCAUUGGAAAUUUGUGUAUUUGAGGGAGAAUAUAUGAGAUUUUGAAAUUUGAAGGAGAAUUGGAUAGCUUGAAAGUUGUUGUGUUCUUUUUGGUGAAGAAGUAAAUACGAUGGUGUUGACAAUUGAUUAGUGAAUUCGUCAUUGAAUUAUUGGAUUGGUUUCUCGAAAUUCACGAGAUCUUUAACUAAGCUAUAAAGAGUCACAUUCAGCUUCUCUUAUUGUUUUUUUUUCUCAAGUCAGUAGUCGAAGAGACCCUGCUUUAAUUCUUUCAUUUGGAAUUUGGAUGCCAACUGCAGUCUUUUUCUAACCUUUUCCUUGUCUCUCUCAAAAUUCACCAUAGGUAUUAUGAAAAGGUCAAUGAGAUUAUGACUGUUGCAACCAAUUAUUUGGUUUAUUUUUCGAAUUUUGGAUUGUUAUUAGUUGGAUAGAUCAAGGGAGUUGCUUUGGAGCUAGAAAAAACAAUCUUGCUUCUUCCCAGAAAUCAUGAAAUUUCUGAGCAUCAUAGGCAAUUCACUUGGUUGUUCUGCCUCUGGAGAACGUUUGGUUUCGGCUGCAAGAGAUGGGGAUAUUCAAGAAGCUAAGGCUUUAUUGGAAUACAAUCCAAGGCUUGCAAGGUACUCAACAUUUGGUGUUCGAAAUUCUCCACUCCAUUACUCUGCAGCUCAGGGUCACCAUGAGAUAGUUUCUCUCUUGCUUGAGUCUGGAAUUGAUAUCAAUCUGAGGAAUUAUCGUGGUCAGACUGCUUUGAUGCAAGCUUGUCAACAUGGUCACUGGGAGGUUGUGCUGACUUUGAUGCUUUUUAAAGCCAAUAUUCACAGAGCAGAUUAUCUUAAUGGGGGUACUGCACUUCACUUGGCUGCUUUGAAUGGUCAUUCUCGAUGCAUACGCCUCCUCCUUGCAGACUAUAUACCUAGCAUAGCUGAUUGUUGGGAGAUUUUAAGUAAGGGAUCUAAGGACAAUGAAUCCAUCUCUGAGUUUGAUGGAAGUGCUCUUCGCGAGGUAAUCAAUAGACCUGCUGAUGGAGGCAUAACUGCUUUGCAUAUGGCAGCCCUAAAUGGGCAUGUUGAAAGCGUGCAGUUACUCUUGGACUUGGGAGCUUCCGUUUAUGAGGUCACCGUGGAAGAUGGAACUACUAUCGAUCUAAUAGGUGCUGGAAGCACGGCUCUUCACUAUGCUGCAUGUGGUGGAAAUUCACAAUGUUGUCAAAUUUUGAUUGCCAGGGGUGCUAAUUUGACGGCUGAGAAUGCAAAUGGGUGGACUCCAUCGAUGGUUGCUUGUUCGUGGCACAGAAAUGAACUUGAGGAGAUUCUUUGCUCACAGCCAGGGAACCGGUCUCAAAUCUGUCCUUCUUCAUAUCUAUCUAUUCCCUUUAUGAGCAUUGUCAAAAUUGCCAGAGAAUGUGGAUGGAGGAACAAUGAUUCCCUCCCUACAUGUGAGGAUGCAUGUGUGGUUUGUUUGGAAAGGAAGUGCACAGUUGCUGCAGAAGGCUGUAGACAUGAAUUUUGCACACGAUGUGCAUUGUAUCUUUGUUCUGCAAUCUGUACCUCAACUGUUGCUCAAGGCCCAACAGGGUCAGUUGCCUGUCCUCUCUGCCGGCAUGGCAUAGUUUCAUUUGUCAAGCUUCCUGGAACAAAGCCAUUGGUUAAAGCUAUUGCCAGAACAAGUUUAUCUCUAUCAUUUUGCACAUGUUCGGGUGAAGAACAAGAUUUCACUUCAAUGAAAACCCUACUCUGCAAGCCUGAUUUCCAAUGCACCAGAAUUUCCCCGCUUUCAUCUUCGUUCCGCUCUUUAAGUUGCCGGAAGUUUCCGUCAAUGAAUUUCAAUGCCAGCCGAUGCAUGGGAACUUCAGAUACAAGUCCAUCUUUGGUUCCUUGUACUAUUGAUCGGAACCUGCGUGAAUGCCUAGUCAGGUGUUCGAGAUCAAGAAUUAGACAAUCGACUUCUAACACAGAGCGCAGGAGGUCUUGGUUAUCAGCACUCAACCAGUAUGUAACUACAGGAACUGGGUGCUAACGUUUUGAGAGCUCUGUUCGCCUCUUUCAACCGUGAUGAAUUUUUUGUGCCUUCUUGUCCACAAUUAAAGAUCACAAGUUCUGGUUGGCAGUGAUUAUUGGGUUUGUAUAUAUGAAAUAGCAUCGGCAAUACGUACAAAUGAAUCAAAUUAAUAUCAUUGCUCUUGUCCGUCUUUCAUCAACGGACGGUUAUAUUUU